ACUUGACAUGCGAUCUGUGAUGUCAAGUGUUUCUGAAACAAUAUAAGGAGAAUUGAUAAAACCAGAUAUAGUUCAGUCUCAAGCCUUACGCUUGCACAUCUCAAGUUGAUCGUGCAUCGUGCAGCCCAGUUUCUUUAUAAAUCGUGAUCGUACGUGCUACGAAACUGGGAACAGUGAACGUCCAAGACGAUCACGCAACAAAGAAGAGGGACAUGUUCUGAGGAGGAUUGCGACGAGGUUUCUGACACACCAGUGGUACAGUGAAUUUUUAUUUAUGGAGAACUACACAUCGGACUCGAGCGAUUCGGAUUCCAGUACCAAAACAUUGGAUUUAUCUUAUCUGAUGCUCGACACUCAACUACUAAACGAUCAUUUCAUCAAUACGAAAAAUCCAGAAAAUGUAGACACAUUGUUACUCCAUCAAAAUCGAUUGAACAACAUUCCACAGAUGAUAGUUAGGUUCACGAACUUGAACUCAUUGGACAUAUCAAAUUGCGGCCUUCAUCGACUCCCUGAUUUCCUUGGCGAUUGCCCUCUCACGUGUUUGGUGGCUAAGCACAAUAAUUUGACGAAUGAUUCGUUGCCUAAAAAUUUUCAAAAUUUGUCAAGACUCAGAGAGCUGAAUCUGAGCGGUAACAGAUUGACAAAUUUUCCACUGCAAAUUCUAGAUCUGACAGAGAUUAAGUAUCUGUAUUUGGGUGGCAAUCAAAUCACUGAGAUCAGCAAAGAUGUUUGGAAACUGCAAAGAUUGCACGUUUUAUCGAUGGGAGGGAACAGAUUGACGGAAGUGCCAUCCACCUUAGGCGAGUUAAUGUCUCUUCAAGCGUUGAUAUUAUGCGACAACAUGCUGGAAAGUUUACCUAGUUCCAUAGCAAAAUUGACCAAUUUGAAAUCAUUGUUACUUCACAAGAAUAGAUUGAGAACAUUGCCUACUGAAAUCAUCACGUUAAAAUGUUUGACAGAGUUAUCUUUGAGGGAUAAUCCACUAGUAGUAAGAUUCGUAUCGGAUAUGACACACAAUCCUCCAUCCCUAUUGGAACUGGCCGCUAGAGUGAUAAAGACCAAUGACAUCCGAUACGAUAGGGAGAGUAUACCAAGGAACCUGGUGGAGUAUCUAAACAGCGGUCACCGUUGCGUCAAUUCUAAGUGUAAAGGUGUAUUCUUCAAUAAUAGAGUGGAACACGUCAAAUUUGUCGAUUUCUGUGGAAAGUAUCGUCUACCUCUGCUACAAUAUCUUUGUAGCAGGAAAUGUAUAGAAUCACGAGAUGGAGACGAAGUGGUCAGUGGUGCGAUGAUAAGAAAAGUUCUUUUGGGCUGAUUACUAUUAGAUGAAAUUUUACAACUACAAGAUUUGUUAUCUUUCCGCUCAAAGGAGAUAGGAAAAUAUCGAUCGAUCAACGAUUGUCAAAUACAAUUUCAAGUAUCAGUUUCAAGAUUUUUGAAAGUUAAACGGAGGAGAUAAAGGAGGGAUUAUGAUUUGCAAUAUAAUUGCACAUUUGAAUAGAAAAUUCGAAACUCGAGACAUAUAUAUAUAUAUAU